AAAGAUUGUCCUGAAAAGGUCGCAGUCCUGAAAGGGUUCCCACCGCCAGAAUACACUGGCCUUCAAAUUGUUUAAUUUUUCACUGUUUUAAGGGAUUAUUCCAGGGUGUUAAAUUAUUAUUUAUUUCCAUCUUAUUGUGCUUCAGAACCAAACUAAGCGAUCUUUUCCAUUUUUAAGUUUCUGUGAUGCGAAAAUGAGGUCUGAGAAGCAGGGAGAUCCGACGUCUCUCUCCUUUUUAUCCGAGAAGGGAUGAAUCCGGGAAGGAAAAAAACGGUCCGCCGCAAAGACUCACUGUUCUCAACCACCUGUGAGCGAUCGGGGAAUGUAAUGAAGAUUUGCGUCAAUCUCAUGCCUGCCCUGGCCCUCUCUCAGGACCCCCUGGACCCCGAAGAAGGGAGUCGAGACCACAGCCACAGAUUCUCCCUCACAGAGAAGACACGCAUCCCGGCUUCCACUAACGAGGAACGUAAACCUGAGAAGGAUAAAGCGAGUAAUCGGCGAGGUGAUAUCAAGCCUACGGUGUUAACUUUCAAUGGAGCCACAAGAGUCCAUCUUAACCCCGCGUUUGUACUUCCCCCGAUCAUGGCUAAAUCCAACAACACCAUUUGGAGGCGUCCUGUUUUCUACGACCAUGCGAAGACUGUGGUGUCUGCUGCACCACCUAACAAGGGUGGGGCCGCCCUAUCCAGACACGGUGGGGUAUCCCGCCACAGCGGGGUAUCUAGCCUGGGUGGGGUGUCUUACCAGGGUGGCGUAUAUAUCAAGGGUUGGGUUUCUGAUCAGGGUGGGGUAUCUAGCCAGGGAAGGGUAUGUAGCCAGGGAAGGGUAUGUAGCCAGGGAGUGGUAUCCGACCAGAGUGGGGUAUCCGACCAGAGUGGGGUAUCCAACCAGAGUGGGGUAUCUAGCCUGAGUGGGGUAUCUGACCUGGGUAGGGUAUCUAGCAAGAGUGGGUUAUGUAGCCAGGGUGGGGUGUCUGAUCAGGGUGGGGUAUCUGACCAGAGUGGGGUAUCUAGCCUAAGUGGGGUAUCGAGUCAGGGUGGUUUAUGUGACAUUGGUGGGGUAUCUAACCACAGUGGGGUAAAUUACCAGAGUGGGGUAUCUAGCCAGAGUGGGGUAUAUGACCAGAGUGGGGUAUCGAGCCAGAGUGGGGUAUCUACGUCCAGCCAGGAUGGGGUAUAUAACCAGGGUAGGUUAUAUGACCAGGGCGGGGUAUAUGACCAGAGCAGGGUAACUAGUCAAGAUAUGGUAUCUUGCCCGAGUGUGGUAUAUGACCAGACUGGGGAAUCUGACCAAAGUUGGGUAUCCGACCACGGAGUAUCCAGCCAGAGUGGGGUAUCUAACCCGGGCGGGGUAACAGAGCAGAAUGAGAGGCUAAAGGCCCGUGAAUACACAGCCUCCUCUUCAGACGGUCCACCAGACACCAGGCUCUGGACAGACAGAACUCUGUCAUCUGAACGGCGGUCCUCACAGCCCCACCUACCAGACGUGUCCCUGGCCAGUCUGAGGCUGCUGCUGCACGGGGUGACCAGCCGUGUGGGCCGUAGGUCCACCUCCAGGAGGGGGGGCGUCCAUUGGUCCGAGUCCGGGUCUGUUGGGUCUAGCCGGCUCUCGUUGGACCGGACCGUGCUGCAGCGUCUGAGAGGGAGCAGGUUCGACGAGGAGAGGCUGGGCAGUGCGGGGAAAGGACGAGUAUUACUUCCGGAGGGAGACCGGGGCCAGGCGAGACUCCGGCCCCGGCUCCUGCCCCCCAUCUGCCCGGGGAACGGACCCCCGGUCCUGCUGACCAUGUCCACAGGGAACCCCCCCCUCCUCCCCUCUCGCACCCCCCACCCCCAACGGAGACCCCCCAUGGAGCAGACACAAGAAGAAACAGCGCUUUUAAAGCAAUAUAUUUUUUAAUGUUUACAGUGGAGUAUCCCAAAUAAAUAUAUGUAUAUAUAUUUUUUUUAUAUAUUGUCCUAUAUUCACCGCCCUUGUCUCUCGCGGUGUGCAAAGGUAAAUGAUGGUAUCUACAUUCAAGUAUUGAGCAUUAUUUGAAUCAUGUGAUUCAGUGGAUGUUUGAUUAAAUGUUUGAUGGUAGAACUGAACAUUGUUUGGAUAUUCUUUCUUCAAAACCCCGCCCACAAUGUGUAGAUGAUGUUAAGCUCACUGGAGAUUUACGGACUACGGCGUGGAUCUGAAGACGAUGAUGUUGGAUGAUAGUUUCCUACUUGCCCUACUACAAAAAUAUUACA